GUUUGUGUCUGGAGCUGUAGUGGAAAGUGGGCUUAUUGCGAAGGAAUUUUCUUAGGAUGAGAGGUGAUCUCCUGCUUUUAUUUUGGAUGCGCGCCCAGCUUUAACCCCUUCAGCCUUCCGCCAGAUCCGUGGACAGCCUGUCUCUCUCCGGCGAUUCUCAGAUUUCCGAGGACCCCGGACGGGAACCCUUGGCAGUUCUCUCUCGGGCAGAGCAGAGAACGUUUUCCUUUCCAAGUGCAUAAGCCACACGGGCACAGACGCACACGCGCACACACGCACCCCCUCCCCCCGCCCCCGCGGAGCCGGACCUCGCCCUCCGCGGCGGCCCUGCCCGCUCCCCUCCUGCCCUCCGCAUCCUCGGCCCGGCGUCCCUCGGACCAGCAUGGAGGUGCUGGAGAGCGGGGAGCAGAGCGUCCUGCAGUGGGACCGCAAGCUGAGCGAGCUGUCAGAGCCCGGGGAAACCGAGGCUCUCAUGUACCACACGCACUUCUCAGAACUUCUGGAUGAGUUUUCCCAGAACGUCUUGGGUCAGCUCCUUAACGACCCUUUCCUCUCGGAGAAGAGCGCGUCGAUGGAGGUGGAGCCGUCCCCAACGUCCCCGGCGCCUCUCAUCCAGGCUGAGCACAGCUACUCCCUGUGUGAGGAGCCUCGGGCCCAGUCACCGUUCACCCACGUUACCACCGGUGACAGCUUCAAUGACGAUGAAGUGGAAAGUGAGAAAUGGUAUCUGUCUACAGACUUUCCAUCCACGACCAUCAAGACAGAGCCAAUUACAGAGGAGCCGCCCCCAGGACUUGUUCCCUCUGUCACUCUGACCAUCACGGCCAUCUCCACCCCUUUUGAAAAGGAGGAGCCCCCGCUGGAACUGAAUACUGGGGUGGAUUCCUCAUGCCAGACAAUUAUUCCUAAGAUUAAGCUGGAGCCUCAUGAAGUGGAUCAGUUCCUAAACUUCUCUCCCAAAGAAGCCUCCGUGGAACACCUGCACUUACCUCCCACCCCUCCCAGCAGCCACAGCAGUGACUCAGAGGGCAGCCUGAGCCCCAACCCCCGCCUGCACCCCUUCGGCCUGCCUCAGACCCACAGCCCCGCCAGAGCCGCGCCCCGGGCCCCCUCCGCCCUGUCCAGCUCUCCCCUCCUCACAGCGCCUCACAAACUUCAAGGAUCAGGCCCACUAGUCCUGACAGAAGAGGAGAAGAGGACCCUGAUCGCCGAGGGCUAUCCCAUCCCCACCAAGUUGCCUCUAACAAAAUCGGAGGAGAAGGCUCUGAAGAAAAUUCGGAGGAAAAUCAAGAACAAGAUUUCUGCCCAGGAAAGUAGGAGAAAGAAGAAAGAAUACAUGGACAGCUUGGAGAAAAAGGUGGAGUCUUGUUCAACUGAGAACUUGGAGCUUCGGAAGAAGGUAGAGGUUCUGGAGAACACCAACAGAACUCUCCUGCAGCAACUACAGAAGCUUCAGACAUUGGUGAUGGGCAAAGUUUCACGCACCUGCAAGUUGGCGGGCACGCAGACCGGCACGUGCCUCAUGGUGGUCGUGCUGUGCUUUGCUGUUGCAUUUGGCAGCUUCUUUCAGGGCUAUGGGCCCUAUCCGGCUGCUACCAAGAUGGCUCUGCCCAGCCAGCGUUCCACGCAGGAGCCGUAUACAGCCUCUGUCGUGAGAUCCAGGAAUCUGCUCAUCUACGAGGAACAUUCUCCCCUGGAGGAGCCAUCCAGCCCAGCCUCGGCGGGGGAACUUGGGCCUUGGGACAGAGGCUCCUCUCUGCUCAGGGCCUCGGGGUUGGAUCCCAGGCCAGAAGUGGAUCUUCCCCAUUUCAUUGUCUCAAAUGAGAGCAGCCUGGAGAAAUCCGUGCUACUGGAGUUACAGCAGCACUUGGUCAGCACCAAACUGGAGGGGAAUGAGACACUAAAAGUUGUAGAACUCGACAGAAGAGUGAACGCCACCUUCUAAAGAGCCCGUCUUCACCUCCUUCUUUCACUUCACUCUCCUUUUACAUCUCCCAACCCCCUUUGUCAUAAGCUUUUCCUUUCUGCCUUUGAUCUGGAUGAAGACAUGGGCGAGCAGUCAUGGCUUUGGAUGGGAGGACAGCUUGGGAUUUCCACCUAUGGUGAGAAAGCGCCUUCCCCUCUCUCCCCCUUGAAGAUGGGAGCCUGGCAUCCCUCCCUGCCUCUUGCUUGCUGCCACAGGACAUUUUUCUAGGACUGGGGCUGGGACAAGCAGGCUUGUUUCUACCAAUAGCGCCAAAAAGAGACCGCCUGUUUCUCACUCUGGGGUGUGACCACCUCUCUGAAGAAGAGAUGAUGCUUCCUGUUUGAGACCCCAGACUCUAGCCACAAAAAUACCAGGAUGACUGUUGGAAUCUGGCAAAGCGCUGACUGAUGUCCUGCCUUCCUCAGCCUCGGUCGCCGGCGCGUCCACCCCCAAGAGCCCUGGAGGUGCCGGGGCCUUCAGUGAGCACUCCUGCCACUCUGCCCCGUCCGAGCCCUGGCAGAUCGUCCUCCCCGCACUGGAGCGAGGGUGCUCCCCCACACCCCCAUUCUCAGGCCGCAAGUGCAAUGCCUGAAGGACUCAGGCUUUUCUACUCCAGGCAAACCUGCCCCAUCUCGCUGCUUGUAGGACUUCCCCACAUCCCCGUAGGUCUGCCUCCUCGGCUUCUCCUCCCCGUUUGUAAAUAGUAUUUAUUAGCUCACUGAGGCUUCCCGCUAGCAACCACACUGAAGAGAUCUGAUGCCUCCCCCCAAAUGGGCAAAGCCUUGUGUUGGCCUUUGGAGCUAGGAGGGGACCCCAGCUCUGGGAUCCCAAUCCUCCAGAUGGUGGCUUUUAUUACUAUUACUAUUUUCCAAUUUCUUCUUCUGUUUCAUCCCCCUCCCCUUCCUCCUCCUCUUCCAUCUUCCUCUUCCUCCUCUCCUUCCUCCUUCAACUGGAGGCCUAUUGUUAUCAUUGGGAAAUCCCCUUAAGCUUGUGUCGUCCCAUAGGAUGAAGUCAGAGGGAAAGACAGAGCAACACCUUGCUCGGGUCUGUGGCUCUGUGGUCGUGUGCUUUUCCUACCCUGUUCCCAUUAUAGGAGGGAAUCCCUGUCCCCGGCAUCAGACGUUGCGGACACCCUUGCUGGCUUGCCUCUCCACACCUGUGCCCAGCCCCCUUCACCCCACCCCCCUGACUCUUCUGCUGUACCCUCCUCUUCUGCCUCAACACAGAGGGUGGGCCUGAGGCCUGGGGCUGGAGUACGGGACAUUUGUGUCUCCACAGUCUUACCUUCUAUAGUCAGGUUUGGCUACCUUGCAGCUCACCCAAAGAGAUACAACCUAAUCCCCCGAACCCACUUUUAUUUUUGUUUUUAAUGAUUAAAAGUAACUUUUGUAGUUUAAAAUUUUCUUUCCUCUUUCAUACAGAUAAGAAAUGGAAAUUGCCUUUUUAUUGUAUAAUGUAGAAAAUUCCCCAUAAGUCUUUUCCCCUAGCUUGUGAAGGAUAUUGUAUAAGAAAGUUGCUUACAUUUUGUAUUUUAUUUUUAGUAGUAGCUGAAGGGCCUUUAGCUUUACCUCCUCUCUCUCUUUUGCCUACACUGUCAUUGGAACCUGCACUUAUGAGGGAUUAAGCCCAUACCUGGGUCUUAUCAGAUGCAGGAUUUGGUGUCAUUAGCAUUUGCCAUCAUAUCACAUAAGCAGAUCUCUGCUUUGUCUGCCGAGGCACAUCUGGGGCUCCCCGCAAGUGAUAACUCUCUCUCUCUCUCUCUGUCUCUCUGCUGUGGUGGAGAGAGUUCCAGACUGGGACAUGCCAAGUGUGUCUUUUCAGCGAUGUGUGGAAGCUGGAUUAGGGCUGCUGUCUGCAGUCUCACAGCCCGGGCCGUUGGCCAGGGAGAGCAGAGGCCAUCUGAGUCGUUCCGGCAGCGGGGCUGCUGACAUGCCCCCUGCCCCCGCUUCUCUCCUCUCCCUUCCCUCCUUCUCUUCAGCUCUAGAUCUUGCUGGGUCUGGCUGGUGUCGGGUGGAGCCACAGGCUGCUGCGGUCCAUCCCUUUCUUUAAAAUGCCAUGUAAUUAUCAGGCACAGGUAGCCUGGGAGGGAGUGGGGGGCUGAGGGGGAAAAAAGAAUGAACUCCAAUAGUAUUCGAUCGAUGAGAAAGGAAAGGUUUUGCAUUUAAGGGCAGAAGUAUGAGAAUGGGUCAGCCUACCCACAUGCUGCAGUGGAACCAGAUCAGGUUUUGAAGGCUCCUGAGGGAGCCAGGGUAGAAAACCUGUUUUCUGAAUGAGGCGGGAGAUGGGAAGGGCUGGAAAGCUUCCAGCCCCUGCCCUUAGCACCUUGAGGAUUUUAUUUUCUCCCCUACCUGCCUUUGCUUGUCACCCCUCUCUCCAGACCCCCAAACAGUGGGGUGUCCUUUCUGGGAAGCUGUUCUUCUGGAACUGAGCCUGUAUCUAGAGAUCUGAGACCUCAGCUUGGGAGCUCAAAUGGCCAUGUGAAGGGGUUUCAAGAGCCAAGCCUGCUGCUGUUUUGAGAAAAGCCUCUGCCCUUCGCUUUCCAUGUGGGUGGGUAAAGGGAACGAAGCAGUUAUCCCUUUAGGAGGGUCCCAGGGCAUCCAGAGGACACAGAAGAGUCAACUAAUACCAAGUAAUUCACAGAUGUGUGUUGUUUUCUGUCCCGGGGUUAAGGCCAGACAUCAGUGGAUUUGUUUCCCCAUAUGGAGCGAUCCCAUAGCCUAGGCAGUAAUACCUGGUUAGCCUGCCGAUUUCAAGCAGCAGCAGACGCCCCCUUCCAAACUUCGGUUUUCAAAACUCUGACACCGCUGGCGUAAUCAUAAACCAUAAAUAAUAUGGUUUAUUACUCAUAAAUUAUUACUCAUAAAUACAUCAAUUCUCUCUUUCGUCCUGUAAGCAGGGUUCCCUCUUCCCUGUCUUUGAUUACCCUGGUGGAGGAGAUGGCUUGUGCACAUUCAGAGAACAAGCAGUUUUUCACGUGGUGAGACCUGAGUAACCCAGACCCCCUGGCUUGGUCCUUUCCACACGGCGUUUGACUUUGUGCUUGGAAACGGAUGCUGGAAAUGAAAGGCCUCAGUGCUAGGCUAAGAAAGAGUUCCUGUGAAGUAUUAGGAGUCCAGAGCCUCGGUUGCUGAACUAGGUCGUUCCUUUUGCGUGGGGAGUGGGGGUAAGCUUCGACACCGGCGUAGGCAAAAUUAGAUAACCUUUUUUGCUACUGGAAAUGACUUUGACUCGGAGAACUCAGUUGUCGAUUAUGAAGCCAGCUUUUAGCUCAACAUACUUACAGACCAACUAUAAUUACCAUGUUAUUUUUCUUCCUAAAUCUCUCCACUUAGCCUGAAUGCCAAAAGAGGGUGGUGACUCUCACGUGCCCAUAGAUCAGGAGUGUUGAAUUGAUUCAUCUUUAUGCUGACAGUGAGACAAUGUCCAGGAUUUUGGCCACAUGUGUUUUAUUAAAAUUUUUCGGCCCUUCACGGCUCCUUUCUUCCAUGUCCUCAGACCAAGCAAAACCACAGGGAGAGAAUCAGAGGAAUCAGGGACCUUUUGGGGCCCGCUCACUGAACACGUACACCGUAUGGGGUGUGUAUGUGAGCACAGUGCACAAAUGGAGACAUCCCGCUCUUUGCUGAGGAAGCGGGCCAUCCAUGCUGGGCUUGCUGACAUGGGAGCUUGGAGAUGGAGGAGAAGGCCUUGAGCCUCCCCCUCUUGUCUGCAUGAGUCAUUACUUUGGUUCCGUUGCAUCCGGUCGUUGCAAAACCUUUAUUAAAGAUGCCGGCUUUCUUGCUUGUGGUGAUGCUGGGUAGGACCGUGAAGCCAUUAGCAGGUAGUGCUCUAGUGAGAGCCAUUUCAUUUGAAUGCUUCUCAGCUGAGACGGUUAGGAGACAUGUGAUGGCAUGAGCCCCUGUGGGAGGGCAGUUACCGGAGAGAUGCGAGGCUGCGAAGGAGCCAGAGACAGAGUUCAGGCUUCCCACUCAGCCAGUCAGUCACUCCUAGGACCUUUCAGUGUUAUUGAGGCCAAGUGCUGUCUGGAGCUAGGGAAUGCUGGGUAGGAGGGCGCUGGGACAAUUUCGCCAAUCGGUAGCUCUUCAAAAGACAAAAGCACUGGGUCUCUCUUUCCUCUUUCUGACACACACACAAAUUUCUACCUUGUUUCAAAUGCUGGUUUGUGCCUUAAAUGUGCCUUAUAUAUGCUCCAGGGUGACUGAGGACUCCCUUGUCCCUGGAGGACUUAACGGAUAGCCUUGUCAUUAACAUGAGUGUUGGAGUGUGGGGAAAGACCUUUUUCCAAAGGCUCAAAAGUGAUUUCCUAGAGGUGCACCGUGAUCAGACACGCACAUCCGGAGAAAAGAAAUAGGGUUUGAUCCAUUAGGAAAAUCCCAUUUUGUAGGGCCGCAAUCACAUCAAAAAAUGGCCAGCCUGGAUUAAAGCUAUGAUAAAUCCUCAGAGCAGAACAUUUUCUCAGGGCCAAGGAACCUGGCCCAUUGGAAGAUUAAUGCUCAAUCUCUCUGUGGCCAGAAAGCCCACACUUAGCACAGGAAACACCUAGGUAUUGUUUUCUUUUGUCAUUUUGGGCCACAUAAUUCAGGAAUGCUUUAUUUUUGUCUUGGUUUUGAGAACAAGAGGAAAUAAUAAUCUUGAGCACUUAUUAAGUGCUGGCUGGGUAUUGUGCUCAAUACAUUCUGGCUUUUAAUUUUCUAAAUAGAGAAAACAGGGCAACUGGUUACCUUGAGAGAGACAAACAGCUAAGUGAUAACGGGAAGUACAGGUGGUGGAUUCGGUUGCGCAGAUUCCUUUCUGUGAACUUUUAAGGUUCUCGGGGCAGGAACCACGGUGUGGGCUCCCUGCGCUGGCCCCACUGUGCAACGUUGCGCCCUUUGCCUCAUGCUGGAGGCAUCCACCAGAUGCGUAUCUGCUGUCUUGUUCAUCCCGUCUUCUGUGAAUUCCAGCCAACAGUCUCCUCUGCAUCCUGGAAAAGAAAACCCCAGCACUUUAAUUCCAUUCCUCGGCCCCUGUCCUUUGCUCACCAGCUAGGUGGAGAACGUGAACUUUUUGCACCAUGGACCCAGGGCCUCCACUUCCUGGAACCUCUCCCUUGCAGAUAAAACAUUUUAUGAGUCUGUGGAAAACACCAGCACUCCAUGACAAAUCAUGAGGGACCCUGUUUAAACAAUGCUGAGCAGACCCUAGACUAUAAUCAACCAUGAGCUUUAAUGUCUAUGCUGACAGGCUGGACUUCACCUCUCUUUUGUAAUACUUCUAUAGACCAGCAGCGUUUAAGUCUAAAUAGAUUGUGAGUCUAUUAUCUGUCAUAUUGUGCUGGGUUUUUUAUGGCUUUUUAUUCUUCAUCAUAGCUAAGCAAAUACCCAAAAUAAAAACGCUUUGUAGGAUACUUGUACUCAGUUUGGGGAAAAACGAAUUGAAAUUGUUAUGCUUUUGUAUUUCCAUUUCUUGCGAAUAAAAAUAUUUUUUCUUAAAUAGUAAAA